AUGGUGCAAUCGUAUCUUUUGCUCGGAUUCCUGACUGCCCUUUGCCAGCCGGCACAUGGUCUUGUAUUCCGCGAUAUGCUUAAGCAAGAUGUCGGAGGCGAGUCUCUUUACGUGCUGCAUGAUGUUGACGAUGCAACCUCCGUGAGAUUCGGCGACCAAAAGAUCCCUGGAACGAGGGGCUGGAAGUUUGAUACUGAGGGUUUCAAUGAUGAUGAAGCUGUUAUCACGCCUCUGGACUCCGAUAAGACCCUGAUAUGUGAGGAGGGCAGCAAAUGCAAGCUGGAUCUUGAAGGAACAAAGCAUCCCUAUGUGGUUACUAGGGUCUCUGAUCGUCCUAUUUUCACCUUCAAAGACAUGGUUUCGAACCUCUACGUGUCACGCACACCUGACCUCUACCUGGAGCUGACCGAGGAGCCUUCCGAUUCCAUUUAUUUUGAAUUAGAAAAGCUUGUUGGACAUGAGGCAGCAACGGAAAGCUCUGGUCGCGAUUCAUGGAAAGAUCUAUAG